GAUAAUUGAAACUGAUGGUAUGGCGGGGUUGCGAAGCUUUCUCGGUGGCGCUGCCGAAGUUGCAGCAGUGAGUGCUUCAGACUCUAUGCCGAUCAUUUUGCCAGCAGGCCAGCUGCCUGCAAGCCUUUGCGCGUGCAUCAGGCUCACAAGUGCCCAGCUGAACCAGCCUACAUCAACAGCUGUGGCCCAAGAAGAGUUGCAAGACAAGAUGAGGCAGGCAGUUAUGGACCUGAGGGCGCAAGGAGCUGUCAGCAUUGCUGUGCGAAAAAUUGCAGAGACUGUGGAUCUGACAAGUUUGACCCCUGAGCUUAUCGUCUCGACAACCAUGAAAUCAAUUCUUGACGGAAAUGGCAAAGUCAAGAAGCCCGAGCUGCAGAGCCAAGGCCUUGAGAUACACUUCUUGGUUGCAGCCGCAGAUGUGCCACGCUGUCGCGGUGCUUUGGAGGCUACAGUUGCGAAAUGGAGCGAUACCAGCUUUUUCCAGACAAUGCGACCAAAGCAUCGCCCAGCAUGGUUUACUGAUGCCGUACUGCACAAGCUUCGUGGCAAGGAGAAGGCAGCCCGAGGGGCCUGGAAGAAGCAACUGCAGGAAGACCCGGCAAUGCGAGGUGUGCUGCUGUGGCAAUUGUCAACGCUGGCCCAGACAGUGCAGGAGAUUCUGACCGAGCUCGAUUUUGUUCAAGACGGUCCCUUUGCUGCCAACCCCGGCUCGCCUUUGAGAUGGCUUGACGUGAAUAUGUACCAUGUUUGUCAGCACUUCAUUUUGCCAAUGACCAAAGAACAGGAGUGCUCCUACGUAGAGCUGGUAGCCUCCGAUCUUCAACCCCCAGAAUGGAUGGUGUCUCAUGCUUGGAGCACUCAGUUUGCUGCGACGGCUAGCAUGCUCGCUAAGCACUCAAGCUCCCGCAACCAGGAAGAGGACUCCGCUCACUCCUGGAAGCAGACAUCGUACUGGUGCUGCACCCUGGCCAACAAUCAACACGAUUUGUCUCCUUUGCGGGAGGCAGACUUAUUGAAGACUCCGUUUGCGCGGGUUCUAUUGAGCAAUGCAUGUGCUGGGACAGUCCUCCUUUGCGACACAGCCGUCACGCCUUUGCGACGCGUUUGGUGUGUCUUCGAAGCUCAUUUGACGCAGCUGCUGCGGUCUGGACAUGCCAAGCUCAGCAACAAGUGCAGUCACUUCAUGGACUUGGUCGCUUUUCACGAGGGCCAAAGUGUUUCGGAGUCUGUGGCAAUAUUGCAAGAUGGGCUGGUCGGCUGGCAUGAAAUCUCCGCCGGGCUUGCUCGCUUUCCAUUGGAGGUGGCGCGUGUGGGAACAACUGUGGAUGUUCGCAUGGCGCAAGCGACACUGCAAUGUGACAGGCGCGCCAUAAUGAACCACAUCGCUUUUGGAAAGGCGUCGCAAGACGUUCCAGCAAUUGACCACAGCUCGUACGAUGAGCUGAACGUUUUCGUUCACAGUGCCUUUGCAUCUGCAGAGCUUUACCGCUUGGCCUGUGAACGACCUGCAGGAUGUGUUGAGAGGGCGCGGGAGCUCUUGGCUAUGGGCGCAGAUCCCAACAGCUUUGUGCGCGAAGGCAACACUGCCAUAUUGGCGCUGGUUGGCGCUGAUCCUACACAGCCAACACCUGCAGAUUUGCCAUUGCUUCAAGAGAUGGUUUCUUUGCUUGUUGCAAGCGGGGCAAGGCUGAACCACGUCAACUCGCACAUGCAAACGGCUUUGGAUCACAUCAUUGCCACGGACGAGGCAUCGCCUGCGGCUGUGUUCCUUAGAAGUCAGGGCGCGGUGUCCUUCGAGGAGUCAGCUUCCGCAGCCGAAGAGCUCUGGAAUUCGCGCAUCAAGGCAGUACUUCGUCGAGGUGGCUUUGGCGCGCCAACAGACGAAGACCGAUCACACAGCAAGCCCACGCAGGCGUUUGGCGGCGCAGGAGGGGGUGGGUCAGGAGCAAAACUGCUAGGCCGUGCUGAGCAAAGUUUGCGUGAGGUUGCCUCGCUGACCAAGAUCUACCCGGCAUCAGUUUGUUCUAUCGAGACACCCUCUGGUCCACAUGACAAGCUGGGGCUGCGUGGAAAGGCUGUGCUUGCAGCUUUAAAAGCGGCAGGCGCGCCAAAUCCGUUCGAAUUACGCUGCUCUGGGCCAUACCAUCCUCGUGGUUCUUUGCCAUUGUUGCGCGUGCAGAUCAGCCUUGUUGACAAGUCGAAUCCAAGCGAAGCACAGGCGACGAAUCGAGGACUUCAGGACGUGACCUCGAUUGCCACCUUGCCGGAGCGCGCGCUGAGUCUUCGGCGAACAUCAGC